GGAGGGCGGGCUGAAACUUGGAGCAAGCAGGAAGUGAGCCGAGGGCCGCCUGGGAGGAAACAGACUGGCCCAGUUCGGCUGCUGACAGGUCCCGGCCGCUCGGAGACAUGGAGGAGGCCAGUGGAGGUGGAGGAAAUGACCGUGUGCGGGACCUGCAGAACGAGGUGGAGGGAGUCAAGAAUAUUAUGACCCAGAAUGUGGAACGGAUCCUGGCCAGAGGAGAAAACUUGGAUCAUCUCCGCAACAAGACAGAGGACCUGGAGGCCACAUCUGAGCACUUCAAGACCACGUCGCAGAAGGUGGCGCGCAAGUUCUGGUGGAGGAAUGUGAAGAUGAUCGUGCUCAUCUGCGUCAUCGUCUUUAUCGUCGUUCUGUUCAUCAUUCUUUUUGCCACUGGCACCAUCUGAGUAACUUAGGGAUUUCCCCCUGACCCCCCCACCAGCCUGGGGGCACCUCCACGUGGGUGUCCAGAGGGCUCUGUCCUGUCCUUCUCCAUGGGGAACACUGCUUGAUCCUCUUGCCCCUCACUCUGAGACCCUCCCUGUCACAUUGCCUGCCCCAGACAGCACUUUGGUCCCCAGGAGAGAGCCGGACUAUGGCAAUGUUUCCCGGGUCCUGGGGUUGGUGGAGACCCAGAGGGCCCAGCCUGUGCCUGGGGAGCUGCUGGAGGCUGGUGGGCAAUAAAGAUCUUUUAGUCUGCCUACACAUGUGAGGUGCUUUC